CCUGUCGUCGUUAAUUUCGAUCUGUGCAUAACUGCAUAAAAGGGUUUUCUGGGUGGUAGCCGCUGCAGAAGUGGUUUAGAUUGCGUACGUGUUUGUAGUUUUCUGUGGCUAUAGUCACUACGAAGAAUUAAGUGUAAAAUUAGAUUCACGAAGAAAGGAAAAUGUCUCUGCUCCCGUUUUUGGUCGACGAGUGCCCUUACCGGCGUUCCGCAAAAUGGGCUACUUUCUCUGAUCCUGACUUAGAGGAUUUGCUGCCACUCGCCGCCCUUUUGCAACACAGGCGGCCGCAUCAUGGCAUCCACGGGCACCUUAAAAGCCAUGGCGACAAAAAUACCACAAUUUCCCACGAAAAGGAUCAUUUUCAAGCUCGCGUUGACAUUCAACAGUUCAAACCUGAAGAAGUCUCGGUGAAGCUGUCAGACGACAAUACUGUGACCGUAGAAGGCAAACACGAGGAGAGACAAGAUGAUCAUGGUUUUAUAUCUAGACAUUUUGUAAGGAAGUAUGUCUUGCCAGAGGGAACAGAUUUGAAAAAGCUCAAGUCAAAACUGUCCUCCGAUGGAGUUCUAAGUAUCACAGCGCCGAAAAAGCAAGAAGCAAAGCAGGUUGAAUACAAGGAAAUUCCCAUCAUUAGGACUGGGGAACCAGCUAAAAGGAUUGAACAGACUCCAGUAGAAAAUGAUGCCAAGAAAGCUAAGCUGUAAAACCUCUUACAUUCCAACAUUUUUUUACUUAAUGUGUUAAUCUGUAGAAACUGCUUUCUUUUUGUAUUCAAUGCUUAAAAUAAAUGUUUUCAUGUGUAUUGUAACCAUCUAAUCAAUAAACUCACUUUAACUUGA